GGGGAGCGGUGAGAGCUCCGGAGAUCCAUCAGCAGCCGCUCCGGUUAUUUCAUGCUCUCGUUAUUUUAUCGGUGUUUCUCUGUUUUUGCACAGUUUGUUACCUUCAGCACUCUGGCUGAUCUUUCACUGCCUGCUUCUGUUAUGGUUACUAUUCUAUACUUUUUCUAAGUACGUCCGCAGGAAAAUGCUUCUCGGGGUUGAAUGUGGUGAUUUAUCUGUACUCUGAUAAUAAAAUUUACUUUGAAAUUUGAGUUUCGGGGAUUUUCCUUUAAUUCUGGGGACAAACUGUGACUGACAUCUCCAGCUCCCAGCAGCAGCCCGUUCUCACACAUACACAGCCAAUCAGCGAUCACCGCUGGGAGAGGGAUGCUGCCAUUGGCUGAGGGGUGUCAGUGGGCGGGACGCUGUUUGGACCGGGACCGAGUGGGCCGGAGACCGGGAGCUGCGCCUCGGGUUUCGGCUGCACCACCGGCGGGUCGUGAAUCCUUUCGAAGGCAGAGCUGAAGCGACCGGCGGAGAUUCCGUGAGAUAUUCCAGCUACACGGAGGCGCCCGGCCUUUCCCCGCCGAGGAUCGGGGCCUGUUGUCUGGAGUUGUCUCCCAGACCCGUCCCUUCCUGCUGGGAGACGGGAGCUGCCCCGCAGCGGCUGCCGGUGGAUCUCCGGAGCUCUCACCGCUCCCCUGUGCAAUCCGAACGGCUGAAAACCAAGGGAGAACAAGGCGCAAAGAACGUAUGGACCGACCAUUUGUCUGAAAGUUAAAUGUUUAAACAGCCUGAAAACAGCACGGCAUCAACAAAACACCAGCUGUGCAGCAGCAAAGGCUGUCUGUGUGGGAACAUUUCAGUUACUGCGCAGCUCGGAAUAAUAUGGGACAGAGAAUAAUACUAAUGGAAGGAAUCAGACUGAGCUAAGUCACAGAUUGAAAUUCCCAUUCUCACACAGGCAGGAAAUCUGUUGGGGAAUUAGAUGGACAGACCAGUUGCCGGCGUCAUGAGCAGUUAGAAGGUUAGAAAUGACAAAAAUUGUGUGCGGGAAUUUUAAACAGAACAACAUGUCAGUUUGCUGUCUCUGCCCAGAUAUUUAAGGAGUUACUAGAUAUUUAACAAUGUAUCACUGUUGAUCCUUGGAGAUGAAGAAUUUUGUCAUCACAGCUGGAAAAGUGCUUUGUGUCUGAAAUGAAGUUUUCUGUUGUAACUCACUGAAAUCCACUGGAACCGGGGAACUGAGAACACACCAGCAUUUGUUCACUGGAGAUCAGUUCUUCAACUACAUUGAUUGUGCAAGGGGUUUACUACAUCUGAUAUUUGACUUAUGAAUUGACAAAGAACUGUGGGAAGGGAUUCACUCUUCACUCACUCAUCUCACCUGCAUGCACAACAGCGAGUUCACACUGAUAAGAUGUCGUUCACCUGCGCUGAUUGUGGGAAGGGAUUCACUCGGUCAUCCUGCCUACUGACACACCAGCGAGUUCACACUGGUGAGAAGCCGUUCACCUGCUCAGACUGUGGGAAGGGAUUCACUCAGUCAUCGCAACUGCUGAGACACCAGUCACUUCACACUGGGGAGAAGCCAUUCGCCUGCUCAGACUGUGGGAAGGGAUUCACUUGGUCAUCUGAACUGAAGAUACAUCAGCGAACUCACACUGGGGAGAGGCCAUUCACCUGUUCAGACUGUGGGAAAGGGUUUAUUCGGUCAUCUCAACUGAAGGAACAUCAGCGAAUUCACACCACAGAGAGGCCAUUCACCUGCUCAGACUGUGGGAAAGGAUUCACUCAUUCAUCUGUACUGAAGGUGCAUCAGAGAAUUCACACUGGGGAGAGGCCGUUCACCUGCUCAGACUGUGGGAAGAAAUUCACUGACUCAUCCAGGCUACAGGCUCACCAGCGAGUUCAUACUGGAGAGAGGCCGUUCACCUGUUCAGACUGUGGGAAGGCAUUUACUCGGUCAGUUGAACUGAAGACACAUCAGCAAAUUCACACUGGGGAGAGGCUGUUCAUCUGCUCAGACUGUGGGAAAGGGUUUAUUCGGUCAUAUCAACUGAAGGUGCAUCAACGAAUCCACACUGGGGAGAGACCGUUCACCUGCUCAGACUGUGGAAGGGGAUUUAUUCAGUCAUCUCAACUGAUGAUACAUCAGCGUAUUCACACUGGGGAGAGACCGUACGCCUGUUCUGAUUGUGGAAAGAGAUUCAGUCAGUCAUCCGACUUACAGACACACCGACGAGUCCACACUGGAGAAAGGCCAUUUUCCUGCUCCCAAUGUGGGAAGAGAUUCUCUCAGUCAUCCCACCUUGUGACGCACUACCGAGUUCACACUGGGGAAACUGUUUAAACAGGCGACAGGCUACAGGCUGGAUAUUUCACCAUCACAGUUGCUGAAUCAAGUUCAAAAGUGACUGUUGGUGCCGAACUCGGCAAUUACUGCUGCUGUUUAUCAAACCCAGUUCCGCACUCUGGUCACUGGGCGUGGGAGUUAUUCCUCAGCGAAUGUUCACGUUUAAUGGGACUGGAAUUUAAUGGUUUGGAUCUGUGACGCAGAAAUCAGUUCUAAUUUAAAUCCUGCCACACCUACAGAAUCUCCUUUCUCUCCCCAGAAUAUCAUCUCUUAUAACUGCCACAAGGGCUAAAUUUACACUUCCCUGUUAAGCUUCAGAGUGGACAGUGCUGCCGGCCUUUCUGUUGCUUCCAUGCCCCAAUGGAUCAACUCCCCACCCACUGAGCAGUAUCCAACAAGGUGUUCUGCUGUGGAGAAUGCCCACAGGACAGCCCUGCACUGUCUUCCUAAUGACCCUUACCUCUGCUGGUGGUCACGCUUCUCCUGUCCGAAGCUUGUACUCUGGGUGUGGCCACCUCUUCAGAUGUUUCAUUGAUAGUAUCUUCAGGCUCCCGAAUGAUCCUGAGUACAUCCAACUCCCUGAACCAGUCUGUGAUUGGGUGCACUUCCUGCAAAUAGUCAUCGGCAAACUGUCGGAUGUCCAGAGUUCCCACAUCUGACUGGAGGAGCAUCCCAUCCUGACUGCUCUGCACCAAAAUACACCACUGUCUGAAUGAAUUAACAUACGCAAGAAAACAUCGAACGGGAAUGGGGCAAUGACAGUGGAAGUAGAGUGUUCAAUUACCUGUGUUUUUGCCAUGAGGUCGAAGGAAUAGAGGCUGCCAUUUUGUGAAGCUGUUCUGUCACCCCCAUUUUGUGCACUGAUUGCUGUGGGAUAACCUGAUCAGAUCAACUGAACACAAGAAGUUACUGGUAUUCCCAUUGUAAGCCUGAAAUCACUCUCACAUAAUCUGUGCAUUAUGUACACUGUCGGGUUUGCAGAAGUAAUCUCGUUAUCUCUGAACCUGAAGUCACUCUGAGAUAAGGUGUGGAUUACGUACAGUGGCAGUUCUGCAGAAGGAAUCUCGAUAUUUCUGCUGAGAGUCCGAGCGACACAGUUUGUCUGUUUGGAUCCAUUGUGGAGGAGAACAAAAUAAAUUACCUUUGACAUGAUGUUGUGUAGCCCUUGGACUACAUCCAAUGGAAAUCUGUUAGUCAUCAGCCUGAUGGACCUCAGCCAACAAGAAUGAGAUGCGUCCUCUGAACUGAUAAGAGUUGUGUCAAAUGUUUCAAAUCAUGCUUGUUUCAAAACAAGUAAAGAGUUUCAAAUGCAAAGGUGUGAUAACUCCGGAGACUAACUAUCACAAGGAAGAACCCCCAUGGAAGGGAUAGGAGAAGAAAUGAUCGAUCAUUUGGAUACAGUGGGAUCCCCUGUUUCAGUGUUGUGAAUUUGAGAAGUGGUCAGGGUGUUUAUUAAUACAGAGGCAGCAGUGGAAUUCAUGUUUCAGUUGUUAGCCUGGGGUUUUCAUUGUUACUUUGUUGUUUGUGCAGGAAAAUUAAAGAGAGAGCUGUAACAAUUACGAGUUUCCUGAUGAGGUUCCAAACUGAUCUCAGUUGAUGAACGGUGAACAUAUUUUCGCGCCCUGGGUGCACUCGAAAAGAAGGAAAAGUGGUCUGGGACCCUGGUGUCGAGUUGACCCACACAGUAGAUUAGGAUAUUAAACUGUGAAAGGGAAAGGACAGGAGGAAGAAACCAGGGAUUCAGAGGAUUUCAGAGAUUACUUUCAUCGUUAAUUAUUAAGGAAAUGGUCAAAUUAUGAGGCGUGGUUAGAAAAGUUUGACAGCCAAGGUUCCGGGACUGUGGAGGAAGAAUUGUGGAAAAUAGUUCGUGAAAAUAAGUUAAAGAAAUUACCAGGGAUUAAAAAUGUUGUAAUGUGAUGUUUGUUGGAUGAUCUAAUUGAAGUGAAGAGAGAAAAAACUGAAAUUGGCAGAGAAAUUGUGUAAGUGUAGGGAAGAGUUAGAAAUUGUGACGGAGCAGGAUCAGGUGAAUUUGAUCCACAUGAGUCAGUUUCAGGCUCAGUGUGAAAGCGUUAACAAGAGAAAAUGAGAAAACAGAAGAGGAGGAUAAACAGGCGGAUACAGAAUUAGAGAAAGGAAAAGUCAGGGUCGGGAUUUACGGCUGUUACGAAUGUCAUGAAGAAAUUGGCAGCUGAGAAGAAAGGCUGCGCUGAUCGCAAGUGUUUAAAACAGAUGGAAAAUCUGCAAAGUGAACUCUCAGCUCGGAGAGGAGUGAUAUGUGCGAGGACGGACGAUGAUGGUGAUGCAGAUUGGGGUGAUUUAACGUAUGAAGAGACGCUUGUAUCACACACCGGUCACCAGUCACCUGAUGAGGUAAUCGUAGCCUUUGUCCGGGGUCAGAUAUGGUCAGGUAGUGUCCAAAUUUCAUAGAGUGUUUCAACCGUUAACCACUACUCUUUCCAGUUGGUGGAUCAGGAGUGAGGGCCAAGUCACUGCCCAACUGUUCCUGACCUUGAGCUCAACCCCUCUCUCCAGCUCCAUACCCAGUAAGGGGCUCUUUCUGCUCCCUCCCCCAUCCUGCCAGCUGCUUGCUUCUUGCUCUUUUCAUCAAGGCCCAGCACAGACAGCAACCUCCAUGCUGGCCGUGCCGGGAACCCACUACAGUCGAUCUCCAUGAGGAACAGCCACGUCUGCCAUCCUUUGUCCCUGCACUCCGGGACUAACAGUGUCAGAGCCAGGAUUAUUGGGGAAUUGGCCCGCCUCCCAGCAGGUUUUUCCGAGAGUGGGUGGAAGCUUCAACACCCAGUGCCCCAGUGGCGCCUGUAGUAAUGGAGGGACUGCAGGACACACCAGAGUCGGGGGUGUAGGGCGUUUGUGACACGUUAUUCUGUCCCCUUUGACGUGGCCCAAUUGAGUGCUUGAGCUGUGAAUGAGAGAUGAUUCUCGGAAAUUUUCCCGGUGCAUUCAGCAGAUAGGAUAACUCACGGUCUAUAUGAAACGGAGGAGGGGAAGCUAACCCUUCACUGUCUAACUUCAGCUUUCCCUUUAGCCCUGCCGGAGGAACAGGCACCCGCCCAGGGGACACGGGGUGAUUUACAGAAGACACCAUUAGAAGCUGCUGGACUAAUAGAGGUGACAGUGGAGGUUUUGCAUAACUGCAGACAGUGGAAAGGGAGGAACCUUCUUUAUUUGUUACGAGGUUGUGGCCGGUUUUCUCGAGUAUUUUGGGUCCUACUUUGGAUACGCAGAAUUUGACUCCGUGACAGAGUAGGAACUGGCCGAGGAACUUGGUAUCGCACAGUACCGAGGAGAGCAGAAGGGUGUGUGAAAUGAUUGCUCCAUUCAAACCCCACACAUGCUGAAGCAUGGGCUCUCAGAAAGAUGAUGCGAAUGAGGGAAAGGGAGUGAGGGAGAAAGGUACUGAGGAGGAUAAGGGGAAAAAGGGUUCUAAAACGACCCUAUCACAGAACAAAGUUUGCAGUGGCAGAAUGAAGGGAGACGGGGGUGGGUGCGGCCGAUCAGUACAAACUCCACAACGCCACCUAAUGGCUGGGUAGUCAACGACGUGGUUGGAAUAUCUAUGUUCCCCCUGUUAUGAAUACUGGAUCCACAAAGAAAUGAUGCAAUUCUGGACACGAAGUUUAUUUUGGCAUUGAUUGCCCACAACCCAGGUGGGUUGGGACGUCAGCAUGUAACGAUGGCCUAUUGCCCCAAGAAGGUCAACUGUGUUACCUAUAAUAUAAUGCCCAUGGUGCUGAUGAUAAGCCACGACUUGAAUCCAGAGUUACCCAGGGGGUCUCCAAGUUACAUGUGCGUUCACCACAUGGUCGGUUGGUGCGGCUGGAUCCCUUGUUGAAACUAAAGUAGGAAUCCGCCCCAUAAAAUUUCUUGCAGAUGAUACUAAGGUAGAUGGCGUUGUGGAAAGCUUGUUUCAAAGUUUACAGAAAGUUAGAAGAGUGGGCUGAACGAUGGCAGAUGGAGUUUAAUGCUGAUAAGUGUGAGGUCCUACAUUCUGGUAGGAAUAAUCCAAAUAGGACAUAAAUGAUAAAUGGCAGGACAUUGAGGAAUGCAGUAGAACCAGUAGAACCAAGGAAUAAUGGUGCAGAGUUCGCUGAAGGUGGAGUCUCAAGUGGAUAGGGUGGUGAAGAAAUCUUUUGGUAUGCUAGCCUUUAUAAAUCAGAGCAUUGAGUAAUGUUAAAAUUGUGCAAUGCAUUAGUAAGGCCGAAUUUGGAGUAUUGUGUACAGUUCUGCUCACCGAAUUAUAGGAAAGAUAUCAACAAAAUAGGCAGAGAACAGAGAAUAUUUACUAGAAUGUUACCUGGGUUUCGGCACCUAAUUUACACGGAAAGGUUGAACAAAUUACGUCUUUAUUCUUUGGAGCAUAAAGGUUUGAGUCGGGACUUGAUAGAGGUAUUUAAAAUUAUGAGGGGGAUAGAUAGAGGUGACGAGGAUAGGCUUUAUCCACUUAGAGUAGGGGAGAUUAAAACAAGAGGACAUGAUUUGCGAGUUAGAGGACAAAAAUUUAAGGGUAACACUAGGGGGUAUUUCUUUACUCAGAGAGUGGUAACUGUGUGGAAUGAGCUUCCAGUAGAAGUAGAAAUAGUAGUGUAUAUAUAUAUGGUUCACAAUGCGGGAGAGUCUCGAACCACCCUAAACAUGGCUACAUUCAAUGCAACACAUUGGGAAACAGAAGAUGCAGUUAUUAUGAAUGAAUUUACGUGACACUCACGUGUGGGAGUACCGUUGAUAUACAUUCGAAACUUGGAGAUUUUUUAAUGUAUUUAAUCUUGUAAUGUGCUCAAUAGACCCUACAUUAUCCCAGAUUGCUUUGCUGUAUGCUAACUGAGGACGUGGAAGGAGGCGUGUGACUUUGGCUUCGAAGGACAAAAAAUAAGAUGAUCAAAGUAAAUAUGUUAUUAUGACCUGAAUUCACUUUUGUGUUGAAAAUGCAUUUUUGUGUCAGUGUCCCACGCAGCUGUAUCCACCCCCACCCCCACGUUUCUUUGUAAUGUGUGAAAGUGCACUGUUUAUUUUAAGUUUUGCAAUUAUUCUGUGGAACGAAACAGCUGUGGGAUUGGGGACAAUGUUUCUGUUGCGUUUUUAUUUGUUUAUGUGCAUUUCGUGCGGAAGAGGAGUUGUUGAUGUUUUUUUCUUGGUUUCGAGGCUAUAUGGUGAAGAAGAAUCACAGGAUUGUGUACUGCAUACAUAUUCUGAUAAUAAAUAUAAUGAAAUGAAGGAAUGAAAGAAUGAUACAAACAUGGAUUUUUGUACUGUCUUGUGUGUGUGUGUGUGAGA